UCUUAGUCCUGAAUGCCUUUGAUCCAUCUGACUUGAUUACACUUAUCUUCUUCUUUCUAUUUUUUAAAUCAAUUAUUUAAUUAGGUUUUUUUAUUUUUUCCAAUAAAAACUCUAGAACACCAGUUUGAGAAAGUAAACUCCACUUGUGAGGAAGGAACCGAGAUUACAGGCAGUCUUGGAGCUAAGGAGCAACUUGGGUCUGGAACAUAAAUUGAAUCCUUCAGCAUGGCGGGGAAGCCUAUACUUCACUACUUCAACGGAAGGGGUAGAAUGGAGUCCAUCCGAUGGCUGUUGGCUGCAGCUGGAGUGGAGUUUGAAGAAAAACUUUUUGAAACGCAUGAAGAAUUUGAAAAAUUAAUCCAAGGUGGAACCCUGAUGUAUGAACAAGUCCCCAUGGUGGAAAUUGAUGGAAUGAAUUUGGUGGAAACCAGGGCCAUUCUAAGAUACAUCGCUGCAAAAUAUGGCUUGUAUGGAAGGAACCUGAAGGAACAAGCCUGGAUUGACAUGUGCGUAGAAGGCUUGAGGGACCUGAGUGACAUGAUUAUGUACUUUCCACUCUCUCUGCCUGAAGAGAAAGAGAUGAAUCUUGAGUACAUUCUCCAGCGAGCCACCAUGAGAUUCUUCCCUGUCUAUGAGAAGGCACUAAGAGACCAUGGGCAAGACUUUCUUGUGGGCAGUCAGCUGAGCUGGGCUGACAUACAGCUCCUUGAAGUCAUCUUAAUGGCUGAAGAGUGCAAACCCAGUGUCCUCUUGGGCUUCCCUCUGCUACAGGAAUUCAAGGUCAGAAUCAGCUGCAUCCCCACAAUUAACAAAUUUCUCCAGCCUGGAAGCCAGAGGAAGCCUCCGCUGGAUGAAGAAUCCAUUAGAAAGGUGAAGAACAUAUUCAAAUUUGAACGUGGCAUAUUUCUCAAAAACAUGAGCACUAUAGUAGCUGAGUAUUAAUAAUUAAAGAGGUCUAAGCAAUGCAAUAAGUACUGUACACUAUAUUUAUAGCAAGGCCCAGUAAAAUAUUCUAAAAAGAUAUGUUAAUAAAGAAAUAAAUGCAUAAAGAAAUAAACUCCCUAAGACUUGCCUACAAAUUAGAAAACUCCUUUUCUAUUUUUCCUA